AUGGACCCUGUGCGCUGUCUACCCUGGCUUCUCAGGACCGAGGCGCAGAUCACGUUGAUGCAGUCGAGGAACUGGUUGAAUGCCACCACCAGAAACAGUUUCGAAGCGUACUCCACCAGCUCUGGUUUGUUGGUGAACAUGUUGGUCAGCUGGUACCUGAAGAGCGACAUCCAUCCAAAGUUGAAGAAACUGAGGAAACACGCGGUCGCGAGAGCCACUUCGAUGGCGAUCUUGUAG